CCGGUUAAGUCCCAAUGCUUCUCUUUUUACCCAGGGAUGAAGAAGGUCAACUUCUCUGGCGGAGAACCCUUCAUCCACGGUGGGGACCACCUCGGCGAGCUCGUCAAGUACUGCAAGAAGGACCUGAGGCUGGACAGCGUGAGCAUCGUCAGCAACGGCAGUCUCAUCCGGAAGUCCUGGUUCCGGAAGUACGGCGACUUCCUGGACAUCCUGGCCGUGUCCUGCGACAGCUUUGACGACGACACCAACGAGCGCAUCGGCCGCUGCGGGGAGAGCAACCGCGGCGCCAACAAGCACGUCGACAAGCUGCACCAGAUCCACUCCUGGUGCAAGGAGUACCGCGUCUCCUUCAAGAUCAACACCGUCGUCAACACCUUCAACCUGGACGAGGACAUGAGCGAGCACAUCAUGCGCCUCAACCCCAUGAGGUGGAAGGUGUUCCAGUGCCUCCUGCUGGAGGGGGAGAACUGCGGUGAGAACGCCCUGAGGGAUGCAGAGCCCUUCUACAUCUCCGAUGAGGACUUCCAGAAGUUCCUGGACCGCCACAAGUCGGUCCCCGUGCUGGUGCCAGAGAGCAACGUGUCGAUGCAGAACAGCUACCUCCUUCUGGACGAAUACGUACAUUCUUUAUUAAUACCUAUAAGUAGGUAUACUUUCAUUCAAUCAUGUUUAACAGUAUGUUGA